AUGGCCGGCAGGAAGACAACAUGGGCGUCGGGCGAGGGCCGGAGGGAGACCCGCGUCGUGUUCCCAAAUCCCAACCAAAUAUCACCAUUCACAAGUACCUCGCGCGACUCGAUGCACAAGCGCCGGGCCACCGGUGGGAAGCAGAAGGCCUGGAGGAAGAAGCAAAAGUAUGAGCUCGGCCGCCAGCCACCCAACACCAAGUUGUCAAGCAACAAGACGGUGAGGAGGGUCCGUGUUCGAGGAGGUAAUAUGAAGUGGAGGGCUCUCCGCCUAGAUACUGGUAACAACUCAUGGGGAAGUGAGGUUGUUACACGCAAGACCCGUAUCCUUGAUGUGGUAUAUAAUGCGUCAAACAAUGAGCUCGUGAGGACUCAGACCUUUGUGAAGAGCGCCAUUGUGGAAGUUGAUACUGCCCCAUUCAAGCAGUGGUACCUAACACACUAUGGAGUGGACAUCAGUAGGAAGAAGAAGACACCUGCUGCCAAGAAGGAUGCUGCUGAGGGAUAAGAGUGUGAGGCUGCAGCUGAGGAAGCAAAGAAGAGCAACCACGUCCAGAGGAAGCUUGAGAAGCGUCAGCAAGGACGCAUGUUUGACCCCCACAUUGAAGAGAAAUUUGGCAGUGGAAGGCUGUUGGUGUGCAUUUCAUCCCGCCCUGGGUAGUGUGGCAGAGCUGAUGGUACAUCCUUGAGGGUAAAGAGCUUGAGUUCUACAUGAAGAAGCUCCAGAGGAAGAAGAGCAAGGGUGCUGCAGCUUAGAGCAUUGUUAUCGACGUUCUACACUGGGGGUGGCCGAUAAAAUAUUUAUUAUGCCUUUUUUUGUUAGUAUUGUCAAGCGCAGAGCGUUAUGUUGGUGUUUUGCAGACCUGAUGAGCACAUUAUUUUCUAAAAUGAAUCAACUAUUAGCUAAGAACUGAGAAUUAUCACCUGCCGUGGUUGUAUUCU